CGUCAUACUCCGUCCACCCACCAGAAAGUCUGCGGAGCUGCUCUGACCUCUUCCGGCGAAGGCGUAAUACACCCCAAUUCCUGCAGAGAUGACCAACAUUAAGGUGAAGACCACAUAGUCCCACACAUUGAAGGUGCGGGAAGAGUUUAGGCUGGACAGAAGACGGCAGAUGAUGAAGGCUGAAGACGGACAGGAAUCUCUACAGGAAAUUAAAUCAGGUAGGUAGCCAGGUAAGUUGAACGGUAUUGAUCAACAAGACCAGACAGUGAUGGUAUGGGGGGAGACUGAUUAAAUACUGUGGGUAUGACAGGUAUGUUGAAAUGGAAUUCCGGUGAAGCUGAAGGGUCUGGUGUUAAUGAUGGCACUGAUUCUGUGACAGCUACAAGGUUGUUAAUUCAUGGGGAAUGCCACAGUGCCUACGUUUCGUCAUUUCUGCCGUCAUCGAAACAGUUUUAUUUGAUUAGACUUGGUGGUAUUCCACCCUAAACAAUAUACUUUCCCCAUUCAGUUGACUGUCUGCAGAGGCAGUGACAAAAAAAACUCUGGCCAGAGAGAGAGGUGUGUGAAAGUGUGUGUGUGAGUGAUGGUGCACCAUGGUAGACGGAAUGCCAUGAACAGCUGUAUUCAAAUAUUCUAGCCAGGCACACUAUGUCGAUUAUGCCCAAUAAAAUAAUGGUCAUGGAUGAAUUUGGCUAACUAUCCUGAUCUGGGUUAUUAUUGUGGCAGAAAGAAACUGCCACACUUGCGCAGCGAAUAUCUUGGGAAGGCAGAGCAAGCUUGCCAUAUCCACCCCACACUUAAUGUUUCUUUUCUUUUGCAGCAUGUCAUGAUGAAUUCCAUCGAAUGGAACUGAUUCUGUUCUAAAUGUAUAAAAUCUUGUCUUGUGAUUGUUAACAUGUUAAAAGUGGGAUGAGUGUUAUCCAGGGUGAAAAAUUAUUUGUCGUCUAUAUGUUGUCUCUAACAAAAGCUUUUUAAGGUUUCCAUUCACAGGUAAAAGUCAUUCAAGGAUAUUCAUCCUACUAAUCCGGGUGCUGAUGUAUUGUUAACUGUAUAAAAAACAACAGUGUUGUUGUCUUGUUUUGUUCUUGUUGUUUUGUCUGUUUCUGCUCCAUAUUCUCCAUGUCUACCUCUAUCUAUCAUAUAUAGGUACUGUAUGAGUAGAGGCUAUCAGAAGAUUACCUGAGAUAUCUUAAUAGAACCAGAUUGGCCUUCUGUGUGACACCUGAUUGUGACAAUGGAAGGAUCGACGAGCACCUUAGCAGCAAAGGGGAAUGGAACAGAGAGACUGAAUGCUGAAGCACAGAAUGAAAGGAUUGAGACAUGUUUGUCACGUUUUCUGAAAGGCUCGCAAAAGUAAACAUUGAUGUCAUUCAUCGCAUUGACAGGACUGGAAGUUAUGCUGAGGAGGUAGAAACCUAUUUUUAUGAAGCCCUGAUAAAAUGGAAAGACUUGAAUUUGACAGACCACUUCUCGAAGUUUUUUCGAGAGGUGUCAAGCAAGAGUCAGUCUUUCAACAUGCUGGUGUUUCACCAAAGCGCCAUUGUGGAGAGUCUGAAGACCUACCUUUCAGUAAAGAACAACAUGGCUUACCAGCCUCUUCUGGAUCUUGUAAUUCAACUGGCUCGGGACCUCCAGAUGGACUUUUACCCUCACUUCUCUGACUUCUUCACCAUCAUCACAUCUAUACUGGACACACAAGACACAGAAGUGUUGGAAUGGGCCUUCACAUGUCUGUCGUACCUGUACAAAUACCUGUGGAGGAAGAUGGUGAAGGAUAUGGACAAGAUAUACUGUCUUUACAGUAAACUUCUGGCGCAUAAAAAGGAUCACAUCCGCAACUUUGCUGCUGAGAGCUUCUCUUUUUUGAUGAGAAAGGUUACAGAUUAUGACGCGCUCUUCACACUCAUGUUCUCCGACCUGGCAGAGCAUCCUCAGAAGGCCAAAGGAGUCGGUCAGCUGAUCUUUGAGAUGUGUCGAGGAGUCCGUAACAUGUUCCACUCCUGUGCCUCUACAGCUCUUCCGAUGGUGUUGCAGAAGCUUGGCCCAGCAGUCGGACAGGAUGUUGAAUUACCUUGGGAUACUAUCAAAGUAGCUUUGGACCACAUGGCUGAGUCUUCAGCCAACUAUGUUCACAAAGAACACCUGCUGGUCCUGUGGGACUCCUUACAGGGCUCUCUGAAAGAAGUUCUUGGAAAGAUGGAGACAAGCAAUGCCGACUCGGCUAAUGAACACUUGGAGAGGAUUCUGUACAUCUACCACACACUUGUGGAGCAUCGCAAAGGAGAAAAGAUCACAAAACCACAGUCUGUUUGUGAGACACUUCUGCAGCUAGUUCAGGCACCAGGACUGUCCUACGCCUGCUCCAGGCUGCUUUUACAAGUAGUCUCUGCUCUGUUGAUGGGGGAGAAUCUGUCAUUACCUACCAGCAGCAUCCACGAACUGGUGAAAAAGGUCUUCCAUACUGGGAUUGACAGAGACCUCAUAUUGUCAUUUACAAAAGAGAUGUUUGACAUGAAACAGUUUGAGCAGGUUUUCUUGCCCAGUUUGCUGCAGUAUCUGGAGCAGCUCUUCUGCACAGAGGACGCUGUGAACCGACAGCUGGUUCUGGAACUGCUGGUUGGUCUGAUUCUGUCCAAAGCUCCACCCCCAACUGAUGGCUCUAUGGCUUUUGAGAAGUACCCAUUAGUCUUCACUGGACAGACUGUCAGGUCAACUGGACCUGAAAAAGACCAGUCGGUCUCUGUUCCCCAGCGGAUUCUUUCUCUCAUAGACAUCCCCAUCGAUCAGCCGAUCUCUGACCUUUCUCAUCUUUGGGCUGCACUAGUGCUCCUACCGCACGUCAGGCCAUUAGAAGCAUCAAGCGUUAUACAAGUCGUCACUGCACUACUGAACAGGUUGCUGCAGGACGUGUGCAGUGAAACUCUGGGGCGAGGUGGGCUGUUUGUAGCUAGACAGGCUCUAAGCACUCUGCUCAGUUUCAAGGAGACUACAGCUGUACAAUCACUCCUGCCAGUAGAGCUGGUCAGAAACAUCAUCGAGAAACUCCCCACUGAUCUUUCAGCGCUGUUGUUAGGAGAUCUGUACUACACCAGACUGGCACUCAAUGGCUGCUCAGCUCAGCUGUCCAAUGAUUCCCUGCUGGAAUUGUGCAAUAUACUGCAUUACAAUUUUUCUUCCAACAUUUCCAAGAUUCGUUUGCUGACCCUCAGAAUAUUGUCAAACUUUGAGGCUGACCUUCCUAAACGAGCAGAGGGAGAGGAGAGCUCAAAUGCGCAGACGGUGUUCGCCGUGUGUCUGCAGGCAGAGCAGGUCCCGGCCACAGUGCAGGACUACAGGGAGAAACUACUACAUCUUCGUAAACUCCGUCAUGACCUGGUGCAGCACUGUCUGCCUAACGGACCUUUCCAUGAGGUUCCUCUUCGAUAUCUUAUUGCAAUGCUGUUUGUCAAUUUCCGACCUCUUUGGGAUGCUGUUAUUGAACUGUUGGUGUCGCAUGCUAAAGAAAUGGACAACAAAUCUUUUUGGAAUGUUUAUUAUGAACAUCUGGAAAUGGUUGCUGGUCUUGCUGAGGAAGAUCUCCGGGCAGAUGAUGAUGAUGACGAUGAUGAAGGAGGUGGUGGAAAACAUCAAGCCACAAAGCAGCUUAGAGGUCCAGGGACCAGCGUGAUCGAGAGCGGGGACAUGGGAGUUUUGUUUCUGGAAGAGCUGGACAAGGUGCUGAAUCCCACUGAGCGAACAGACUUCACAAACUUCCGUGGCUUGCUUUGGCAAGCCAUGUCCAAGUUUCCAGAAAGAGUGGAGCCACGCAGCCGAGAGCUCAGCCCAUUACUGCUGCGCUUCAUCAGUAAUGAGUUCUACCCAUCUGACCUGCUAAUGGCUCCCACUCAGGACCUCAUGAAGAAAAGCAGCUCUUCAUCAGAGCAGGAAAUGGGUGAAGAUGAAGAUGCUGAAAUGGAAGAUGAUGAAGAAAAGGUGGAAGUUUCCAAACAAUCCAAGAAGAAGAGGCCAAGAAGAGCAGCAGCCAAGCAGCUCAUUUCUCACUUGAAGGUCUUUUCCAAAUUCACCAACCCAAAAUCUUUAUACAUGGAGGCAAAUCUGAGUGAGCUGUACACCCAGCUCCUGUGCCAUAAAGAUCAACAAAUCCAGAAAAUAGCACUUGACUGUUUGAUGACAUACAAAGACCCAAAUAUUCUCCCUUACAAAGAGAAUCUGGUGAGACUUCUGGAUGACAAGAAUUUUAAAGAUGAGAUUGUCCAUUUCAACAUUGCAGAAGAAGGAGCUGUGGUACUUUCGUCACACAGACCCCAACUCAUUCCCAUGCUUAUGAGGAUACUGUACGGGAGGAUGUGCUCUAGGGUUGGUAAUAGGUUUCAGAGUAAGGCGAGCACGUCUUCACGCUCCUCCAUAGUGCUGCGCUUCCUGGCGGGCUGUCUGCCAGAGGAGUUGGGCAUGUUUAUAGAUCUUCUUCUGGAGCCUGUUCGUCAUCACGCUGAAGGAGCAUGCCUGGCCGCGGUAGAUCGAGCCAUAGGUGAAACGAACCUGUCUGCUGUUCUCCCUCUGGGUCGUCAGCACAGCCUGCUCAACACCAUAGAGUUGCUCAUCAAGAAACUAGGUCAUCUCAUCCAAAUCUACCUGCCCAAAGUUUUGCAGAUCUUGCUGUGCAUCACAUCCUCUGUGUCAUUUGUACUGGAUCACAGAGAGCAGCUCAAGCCUGGUUGCAUCAAUCCUCUGAAGAACUUGCGUCGUCUGGGGAUUCUGCGCAUAAAAGACUUCUUUGAUGGCUUUGAGUGUUACAACUUCACUGCAGAUGAGCUGGACGCUGUCUUCCAAGCCAUGGUGUGGCCUCAGGUGUGCCGUUUGCCCACUGAAAGCACGUAUGCACCAUCGCCCCUCCUGAAAGUCAUCCAUGUGUGGACCCAAAACGCUAGAUUUUUCCCGUUGCUUGCUAAGCAGAGACCUGGCCACCCUGAAUGUGAUGUCCUGCUCAAUGUUUUUGCUCUGUUAUCCUCCAAAAACGCGUCUGCCGUCACAGUGGCCAUGGUGAUGGACAUAGCCGAGACCUUGCUGACUGCUCCAGACUUUGAACCCAAGGAGAAUGAGGCAGAGUUGAUUGUGAAUGACUGUGUGAUACCUGAAAGCUGUGAUGUAUCAGAUCCUCUGACUAUCGGCUGCCGUCUGCUACUUCCUCACAUCCCAGCACUGCUGCAGUACCUCGGCGGAGUCGUGCGCAACUCUGAACGCCUGAAAAAGAAAAAAUUCAGAGUUCAAGUCAGCAAAGAGCUCAACAUCCUUUCAAAGAUCAGCAGAUUUGUGACUGAAAAAGGACAGAGUGCAACAUUAACUGGUUUGCUUCUACCUUACCUUCACAAACCCAAAACUGCACAGGAAACAGAGUUGGAUAUCCUGGGUACUGUGCAGAACCUGCUGAGACAGUGUUCAGACCCCAGCGUGUUCCUCAAGCCUCUCAGCAAACUUUUCUCCACCAUCCACAACAGACUUUCACGUCAGGCUCUGUGUGAAGUGUUCCAGGCUCUGUCAGACAUGGACAGUGAACUGAAAUACAUCACAGACAUUGUCUUUGAGCUCAACGCAUUUGACAGCCGCCAUCUAGACGAGAUUCACUUUGACGUGCGUCUCAUGGCGUUCCAGAAGGCCACCAAGCACAUUAAAGAGAUGAGUACGCUGGAUAUGAGAUACCUGACCGCUGUCAUGCACAACUGCUUCCAUUCAUUAGAGAUCGGCGACAUGUCUCUGGCAGACAGCGCCACCAUGUGUUUGUCAGCCAUAAUAGCACAGCUCUCAGAAAUCGGAUGCCCAGAGGCCGAAUACAAGGAGAUUGUGCAGUACACGAUACUGGAUGCACUGCAAAAGGGUUUGAAGAGCAAGACUGAGAGUGUACGAAAUGAAUACACUACGAUUCUGGCCUGCCUGGUGAAGACAUUUCCAAACCGAUCAGAGUUUCGCGAUCUGGUUCAGCUGACGGCUUAUACUGAUCUUGAAGCAGAUUUCUUUGAGCUUAUGAAGCACAUACAGGUUUACAGAAGGGGUCGAGCGCUCAGGAAAUUUGCCAGGCAGCUGACCGAGGGCCAGAUUGUGAUGUCGUCACGCUCAAUGCAGAAUUACAUCAUGCCCUACGCCAUGAUCGUUCUAGUUGAUGAAAAACUGUUAAAGUAUGAACCCAUGAGAACAGCUGCCAUAGAAGUUAUUGGUGCUGUGUGCAAACGCUUGACCUGGUCCAAGUACUUGUUCUACGUCAAACACUUCGUCCAUAUUUUACAGUCUGGAGUAGCUGAGCAGAAACUGUCUGUCAGUUUGUUGCUGACUGUUCUUGAUGCGUUCCACUUUGACCAUGAGACUCUCAGUAAAGAAAUCGAGGCGGCCAAAAACAGGGAAACCGAAGAGCCCAGUGUUGUGGUGGAAGAGGAAGAGGCCGAGGCAGCAGAAACCAUGGACACAGAUGAAAGUGAUGCUGAAGAUGCCAUGGAAACCGAUGAGGCUGAAGCAGUCGUUUCCACAGUAAUGGAUGCUGAGACGGAAGACCCUGCUAAACCAAAAGGCAAAGAGAGCCAAGUGAAGAAAGUGGCUCCUGUUGUCAACAGUGGGCUUCCACAGAGUAAACAGGAUCUAGAAGCACUCGUUUCCUCCAUUCAUCACACGCUCAUUCAGACCGUCCUGCCUAAACUUCACAAGUGCCUCACUGCGAAGGUUAAGCGAGAUGAUGAGCACAAGAUGGUAAAGUCUAAGGAUGUGAAAGAAGAAGAAGUGACCAGAGUGCCUAUUGCAUUCGCCAUGGUUCAACUCAUGAAGUCUCUGCCAAAGGAUGUCAUGGAAGCAAACUUGCCAGGCAUUCUUCUGAAAGUGUGCGUCCACCUGAGGAGCCGUUUCCAGGAGAUCCGUGAUGUCGCUCGCAACACUUUGAUGAAGAUCAUAGAGACACUUGGGCAUCAAUACCUUCAUUAUCUGCUCAAUGAGAUGCAAGCGGUCUUAGUGAAGGGGUAUCAGGUCCAUGUUUUGACAUUCACAGUGUACCAAUUGCUUACUGUCCUAAAACCAUCUUUGGCCGCCGGGGAUCUUGACCCAUGCAUGGACAUGCUCAUCACGAUCUUUAACAACGAGCUGUUUGGAGCCGUAGCCGAGGAGAAGGACGUCAAAGGAAUAGUUUCCAAGGUGAUGGAGGCCCGUCACAGCAAAAGCUCCGACUCGUACGAGCUGCUCGGCCAGUUCUGCAGUCAGGAGCGCGUCAUCCACCUCAUCCUGCCACUCAAAGAGGUGCUUGAGAACACGAAUAGUUUGAAGGUGUCAAGGCGAGUGCAUGUUGUGCUUAAGAGGAUUGUGAUGGGACUUAUGCUCAAUCAGAGCAUGAGCCCUCAGUCCAUCCUACUGCUCUGCCACGGGCUCAUCAGUCAGAGUCUCCCGCUCAUUACCAGCAAGAACAAAGAGAAGCCUCUUCCACCUCCAGACCCUCGCCUGCCUCCGCCAAGCUGUUUACUGCUGCCCGCCACUCCUAAGAGAGUAGGGGUGAAAGCUGCCAUUAGUAGCAAAACAAACAUGCACAUCCUGGUGGAAACGGGUCUCAGUUUGCUUCACUGUAGUCUGAAGACUUCAAAGAUCAACUCAUCUUGCCCAUCAGUAAGGGAGAUGUUGGAUCCUUUUGUCUCUCUCCUCCUGGACUGUCUUAACUCCAUGCAUGUGAAGGUGAUUACCGAGGCUCUGCAGGCCUUCAUCUGGAUCUUGAAGUUUCCUCUGCCAGCGGUGGAACAGAAUUACGACCAGCUGACCAAGCAGCUCUUUGUCCUGCUGAAGGAGUACGCCAAAGCUGGUGCCGCCCAUGGCAUGAACUUCCUCCUGGUUCAGAACUGCUUUAAGGCCAUAACUGUUUUGGUUAAGAGUGUGAGGAAACAAAUAACAGAAACGCAGCUGCAAGUGCUUCUGGGAUAUGCUGAGGAGGACAUUUAUGAUAACUCUCGGCGAGCCACAGCGUUCGGCCUCCUGAGGGCGAUUCUUUCCAGAAAACUGGUGGUGCCGGAGAUGGAGGAUGUUAUGAAAAAAGUGGCCAAGUUUGCCAUCGACGGGUCAAACGAACAGGUUCGCAUGCGCUGCAGACAGAUCUACCUGAAGUAUCUGAUGGACUAUCCACUGGGGAAGAAACUGAGGAAACAUUUUGACUUCAUUGUUGCUCAGCUUACUUAUGAAUAUGACACUGGGAGACAGUCUGCGCUUGAGUUGAUGGCUUACAUUUUCAAGAAUUUUCCUCAGGAUAUCUUGCACGAGCACUGCGGUUUGUUCUUUGUGCCUCUGUCAUUGACCAUGUUGAACGAUGAUUCUGCAUCCUGUAAGAAAAUGGCGGCUCUGGCCAUCAAGUCUCUGCUGAAAGAGUUGAAUUUGCAGGAUCAAAAUUCCAUGUUUAACCUGGUUAACAGCUGGCUUACAGGCGAGAAGACGACUAUGCGGAGGCUGGGAGCUCAGGUUUGUGGGCUGUUUGUGGAAGUUCAAGGGGAAAAGUUCAGCCAGAGACUGAGUGUCCUGAUUCCUCUCAUCGAGAAAGAGAUCCACACUUCCAACUUCGAGGAUAUUGAGGAAGAGGAGGAUGAGAAGGCUGCUGACAGGCUGCUGUUCUGUUACCUCACGCUCAUCGUCAAACUCAUCAAAGAAUGCAGCUUUUUGGAGCUCCACAAACCUGCAGACCUGCUCAACAACAUCUGGGGUCAUAUUUAUUCCCAUCUGCGUUACCCUCAUUCGUGGGUGUGGCUGACCGCCUCUCAGAUCUUUGGUUUGCUGUUUGCUGCUCAUAAACCCGAGGAUCUGUUGGCCUUACGGAGUUCUCAGGGGAAAAAUACCACACACCCUAUAGCCACCGUUUUUCUCACAGAUGACCUGUAUCAGAAGAUGAGAGAGCUGGUCCUGUCCUUCUGUUACCAACUGCAGUCCAAGUUCUUGGAUAUUUCUGCUGGGGAGCAGGUGGUGAAGAACUUGAUUUACGCAGCCAAGGUGAUCUAUCUCAUCUCGCCAGAGUCCGAUACAGUGAAUCCAACUGAAGAACAGGAGGAGGUAGAGGGUGCAGAGGAAGAAACGACGGAUAAAACGGAGGGGAAUGAAGAGGAAGAUAAGGAGCAGAAGGACAAGCCAGCGUCUCUCCUCUGGGUGAUGAAGAAGCUUUCAUUACUGGCCAAAAGAGAAGCAGCAGACACACCUAAAGUGCCUUUGAAGAGAACUUGCGUUUUUAAGUUCUUAGGAGCCAUGGCUGUGGAUCUCGGAAAAGACCGGCUUGGACCGUAUCUGACCACUAUCAUUGCUCCUCUCUACAGAGAGCUGGACAGCACAUAUGCAGACCAAGACCCCACACUGAAGAACCUGGCUCAGGAAUUAAUCGAGCUGUUGAAGAAGCUGGUCGGUCUGGAGCGAUUCUCACUGGCUUUUGUCGCAGUGCAGAAAGAAGCCACCCAGAGACGAGCUUCACGCAAGAAAGUCAAGGCCGUGCAGGCUGUUGUAAAUCCUGACAUUGCUGCCAGAAAGAAGAUAAAGAAGCAGCUAAAGAAAAACGAGGCCAAAAAGAGGAAAAUCGAGUUUGUGCGUACAGGACAUAAAUCAAAGAAACAUAAAAGGAGCUCGCUGAAGGACUUGGCCAUGAUCAGUUGAUCCAUUUUUCUGCUAGUUAAUGUUUUUUUGCAAUUUAAUACAGUACAUCCAAGACCACAAGGGACAGUACCUGAACUCUUUUCAGUGGUAAGAGGACUGAUAGUUUAUAUCAAUAUAUGGAUUUGUGCAAAGUUUUUAAAUAAAGAAAACUUGCAAAAACA